CUGUAUAUAUAGUAUUUAAGACCUGAGCUAUCGCUUGCUUUACUGCGCAUGUACCAAACAGUCAGUAUCAGAAUUAGUGUUCCGGCUCCGGUAGGCGGCAGGCAUCGCACAAUUGACGUUUAUACCAGUUUAUAGUCAGCCGUUAGCCUGUCAUCGUGAAUUUAUUUUUAAGAUUUCUGACUGAUCCAAGCAGUUAUCUCAUUUACGUUCAUCAUUGCGCAAGAGAUAUAUCACCGCUCAGAUAUGGCGGACUCCAAUAAGCCUAUUCCUUUUUAUUACUCUACGAGUGGUAACAAAGAGGAAGAUGAGAAAUUAUUGGAACCAAUUAGGUAUAUUCUUCAAGUUCCCGGAAAACAAAUAAGAGCAAAAUUAGCAAAAGCUUUUAAUUAUUGGCUAAAGAUAUCAGAUGAUAAAGUCCAAGAAAUCGACGAUAUAAUAAAUAUGCUUCACAAUUCGAGCAUCUUUUUUUGGUUAUUGCGAGAAAUAUUACUGAAGUCUUCAUCGAAUCAAAAGGACGCCCUUAUGGAAUUCGAGACAUCCAAGUUUAAAUCCUGGCUGAGGAUUGAUGAUAUUCAAGAUAAUUCCAUUCUGCGAAGAGGCAUUCCUGUUGCACAUUCAGUUUAUGGAACUGCUAGCUCAUUAAGUGCUGCAAAUUACAUAUUAGUCAUUGCUUUGGAAAGAGUUAUUAAUUUAAAACAUCCAGGGGCAACGCAAGUAUAUAUGGAACAAUUAUUAGAGCUUCAUAGAGGUCAGGGAAUGGAUAUUUUUUGGAGGGAUAAUUUUAUCUGUCCAACUGAGGAAGAUUACAAGACUAUGACAAUAAGAAAAACUGGAGGACUCUUCAAUUUAGCGGUAAGAUUGAUGAAACUGUUCUCAACUUAUGAAGAAGAUUUUUCAUCAUUAAUAGCUACUUUAGGAUUAUAUUUUCAAAUACGCGACGAUUAUUGCAACUUAUGCCUCGGUGAGUACACUGAGAAUAAAAGUUAUUGUGAAGAUUUAACUGAAGGAAAAUUCAGCUUUCCGAUUAUUCAUGCCCUUAGAAGCAAUCCUGAUGAUAGACAAAUAAUAAAUAUCGUACGACAACGGACAAAGGAUAUCGAAGUGAAACGUCAUUGUAUUAAAUUAUUAGAGAGAUUUGGUUCCUUUAAAUACACGAGAAAUGUACUUGAAGAAUUGGAUUCGACUGCGAGGGCUGAAAUUGAACGGUUAGGUGGUAACCCGCUUCUGGUGAAGAUUCUGGACGAACUUAAGAAUUGGGAUACCCAAGAUGCGCCUAAGGAUCCUUUAACUGGAACGUUUUAAAUUUAAGAUUACUUAUUUUUUGUAAAACGGCAAAAAAUAGUAUUAUAUAGAUUUUUUAAAUCCAAUUAUAUAAAAUAGGUGUAAUGAUGCAAGUGGCAAAGGAAUGAUAAUAAUAUGAUAUAUUAUGUAUAAAUUAUAUAAGAAAAUAUAAUGGCCCGUAUUCAAAACGCGCUUACAACAAUGUUAGCGUGCUAACGUACUAUACUUUAUAUUAUACAUAUUAUAGAAUUUCAGAAAUAAAAGCGCGUUCUAAA